CUACCCAUCUAUUACGACUACCUAUCUAUCAUCUAAAUCUUAUUAUAUUUGGUGUUAUUGGAACUGGAAUGCUUUUCUUGAAUAACAGUGAAUAUUGAAACUGCUGUUUUCAAGGUAAAAAGUAGCUGGAACUAAUAGCUACAUCAAGAACAACUUUUUUAUGCAAAGAGUAAGGUCAAAGUUUAUAGAAGAGAGAGAAUGGAUGAAUAUAAUAAUUCUGCUCACAGACUGGUUUAGAACGCCUGAGAAAUGAAAAAUACCAAUUAUUGUUUGCGUAUGUGAAUUUCCACACGUACAUGGUACCGUAUUAUAAGAUGUGAGCCGGUGAUUUCAAACAGGAUAUGCUUUAGUGGUUGUAGUUACAAUGGACUACCUACUUACUCGACAGUUGCAAUAACUAAUUACUUGCUUUGUUUGUAAAAUCUUCUUUCCAGAGGAUAGCCUUCAAUUAAUGAAGAAACAGUUCAUUGCUCUUGAAAACAACGCUGCGCUGUUCUUCACGUAGGUUUAGCAUGAAUAAGCUACUACCACUUAUUUUUGCAGUUUUCUCUCCAUAUCUGUUGUCUGAUGAAGGCUCCAUUAUUGAAGUACGUGGAGAUCUAAUUAUCGAGCCGAUCACCAACAAAUGCCUGACGUGUAUUUGCAACGGAGCGAGUCGAUGUGGUCUCGAAGUGAAGUGCGACGGAGAUGUGUGUGGCGUUUUCUCCAUUGGCUACGAGUAUUGGCUGGACUCCAACUCACCCACACUGCCCUUCGAUAGCCCCGAAUCAGAAGGAGCGUACAUAAGAUGCGUCUCAGAUCUUAGCUGUGGUGCAGAAGUGGUUGCCAACUAUAUGAAGAAAAAUCCAUAUGAUUGCGAUUCAGAUGGCUUAGUGACUUGUUGGGACUAUGCUGGAUUACACAACAGGGGAAAGUUGGAAUGCGCAGGAUUUUGGGAUAUCGAUUUUGAAAUGAACUAUAAAUCCUGUAUGAAUAAUUCAAGUAUGAUUUUAGACUUUGGAAUCGAAUAAAAAUAUAAUUUUCAAGAAACCA